ACAUUUGUAUAUCUGGACACUCCUCCCAGCUCGGUGCCCAAUCUCCAGAAAUGCUCUGAUUCUUCAAAAUUCCACUCUGGGUUCAUCGUAUCUAUCACGGUUAUCCAAUCAGGAAGUUGGUCCAUUGCACGUUUAUUAGUUCUCGUUGGACUGGCCGAAAUACAAGACUUCUGUUCUCUCGGGAUUGAAGGUUAGUGGGAGUAUAACAGAUGGGUGGGAUAUUGAGCCUAAGCAAUCCCGAUUCCCCCACGAUUGAGCUAAAUGAGGUUUCGCAAAGUGAAAUGUGUAAAAGACAAAAGAUAUCGGUUAACGUUUGGGAAGAUAUCCCGCAGUUGAUUAUUCCCGGCCUACCCGAUGAGAUAUCCAUCCAGAUUCUUGCGAGGCUCCCGAGAAAUUAUUACUUGAAUGCAAAGUUAGUGUGUCGGGGGUGGAAAGCUGCUGUCACGAGUCCCGAGCUGUAUAAAGUAAGAAAAGAGCUUGGAACGACCGAGGAGUGGCUCUACGUUUUGACUAAGGGUAGUGGCGAUAAGCUUUUAUGGCAUGGCUUAGAUCCGGUCUCGAGGAAAUGGCAGAGGUUGCCACCAGUGCCUAGUUUGACCGCCAAUGAUGGGUCUAGAAGGGGGUUGUCGGCUCUUCGGUUAUGGAGCAUGGUGAGUUCGACAAUGAGAAUUGCGGGUGCCAUAAGGGGCUGGCUCGGGAAGAAAGGCUCACUUGACCAAAUCCCGUUUUGCGGGUGUGCUAUUGGAGCCGUGAACGGUUGCCUCUACGUGUUGGGAGGGUUUUGCAAAGCUUCAACUAUGAGAUGUGUGUGGCGAUAUGACCCGAUAACGAACGCUUGGAACGAAGUGAGCCCUAUGUGCGUUGGUCGAGCUUAUUGUAAGACGGGGGUCUUAAAUGGCAAGCUUUAUGUAGUUGGGGGCGUGACUCGGGACCGGGACCAGGGCGGGCUGACCCCUCUCCAGUCUGCAGAAGUGUUUGAUCCCGAAACCGGGAUUUGGGUCGAAGUCCCGAGCAUGCCAUUCACCAAAGCCCAUAUGCUGCCUACUGCUUUCUUAGCUGAUUUCCUCAAACCUAUAGCCACCGGGAUCUCGUCUUACCGGGGAAAGCUUUAUGUUCCCCAAAGCCUCUAUUGCUGGCCGUUUUUCGUCGAUGCCGGGGGCGAAGUGUACGAUCCCGAGACGAACGCCUGGGUCGAGAUGCCAAUGGGCAUGGGUGAAGGCUGGCCCGCUAGACAGGCAGGAACAAAACUAAGCGUUAUCGUCGACGGGGAGCUCUAUGCUUUGGACCCUUCCAGCUCGUUUGACAGCGCCAAGAUAAAAGUGUACGAUUCUCGGGACGAUUCCUGGAAGGCAAUCGAGGGAGACAUCCCCAUCCGGGACCUCACCGAUUCAGAGUCUCCUUAUCUACUCGCGGGCCUUCUUGGCAAGCUCAAUGUGAUUGCUAAAGACGCAAAUCAAAACAUCCUCGUCUUGCAAGCAGACAGGCAGCAUAAUCAGAACGAGAACGAGAAAGAAUCUGAUGCAAACAUAUGGAGAGUUAUCGCAUCGAGGAAUAGCGGGUCUGCAGAGCUUAUCAGCUGUCAGAUUCUCGAUAUGUAACUAUAUAUGCCCGUUCUCGAGGUCAGUUCGAAUCAACCUCCACUUAGUUUUAUGGUUUUUCCACUCUGCAGGAGUGAGCAUUUCACUCUCCUACUUAUAUAAACUUUAGUAUAUAUAUAUAUAUAUAUAUAUAUAUAUAGUUUAUUACAGGCUGUGUGAAUGUAUAAUACAGCAGAUAGUUAUUACGUUAUUGUUAUUGUUAUUAUUAUUCCAUUAAUAAAACGUUAGAAAGGGUUCGUUUUGCAUGUACUGAACUAUCGUGUAAACCGAGUACAACUUCAAAGUUGGUUCUUGAAA